AGGUGGGCAGUAAGAAGAAACCGACUAAUCCGCUUUGGAAAAAGGGAAAAGGAAAGAAAGAGGAUCCAUCUCACAAGCAAGGUCAGAAGAAGUGUGGCAGAUGCGGUCUCCAUCACUCAAAGCCUGAACACUGUUUAGCAAAAGAUAAACGAUGUUUGAAAUGUCAAAAAGUGGGUCACUUUGCAACUGUUUGUUGGUCCAAGUCGGUGAGUGAGGUGAAUAGUAGUGGUGGUGGUAGUGCUUCAAAUGAUAGCAGUGCUGGUCGUUGGUUCUUAGGUGCGUUGUCAAGUGAUUUAGAUCAGGAUGACAAAUGGAAGGUCCAGCUUAAGGUCAGUGGUAAACCUCUGGUGUUCAAAAUUGAUACCGGUGCUGAUAUUACUGCCAUCUUAAAGUCUGCUUUUGAUAGUUUGCCAAAUCAGCCCAAGUUACAUCCAGCGAUGAUAGCCCUUUUCAGUCCAGGAGGCAAGUUGCAGUGCGCUGGGCAGUUUACAACAGCAGUGACACAUUGCAACAAGAAAUACCAACUCAAUAUUUUUGUAAUCAGUGGAGAACAUGCAAGUAACUUGCCGAGUCGAGAAGCAGCUUGUGAAAUGGGUUUAGUUGCGAGAUUAGAAGAGGUGGAUGCUGAGUUGUUUGGAGAUAUAGGCUUG